CGCGUAAGGCGUCGCUAGUUGUCGUCUUCCUUGCACAUGCCUACCGAAAAUCCAAACCGCCAUAUUGCAAUCGCAAGACGGCAAGAAAACAUUGUAAGCACGUGGAAUUGCGCUAGAGCUUAAUCAGUAAUACAGAAAGUAAAUAGAUCACUGUGCAAAUCGUGAAGUGAAUAGUCAAUCGUACCGGAUAUAAACAAUAAAACCGGCCAGUUAUUCACGUUUAUUCGUUUUUCUUGGCUUUGAGUUACGGUAGCUACCGUGGACUUGAAACAUGUCGUCAUCACGACUUCAGCUUGUGAAGUGGAGCUUUCCGGCUUUUGCUCUGGUGCUUGGAUUCCUGUGGUACAAGCGUCGGCGCGUCGACAGAGCUGACCCAGGUGGAAUGACCAAAUUUGACCGUAAUCAUCAGACCAAAACAUCCAAGGGAAAUUUGAAUCUUUACGACUCAGGUAUCCACGUUGACGAGUCCUUCUCCCUGAACUCAUCAUCGGGAAUAGCCUGCGAGGAGAUUGUCUGCAGCCCGAGAAGGGUCAGCGAGAGUCUGGACAUCCCCACGAGAAAUCCGACGUCGCUGACCAUCUCUAUACAAUCUGGAAUAUCCUCGGGCGACAGUCAGGCCUGGUACAAGGACGUGGAACCUCUGCCGGAAAUGCAAGAAAUACGUCUUGGAAGUAAUCCGAAGUCUAAUAGCGUGUCGAUGUUGUCAAGAAGCAGACCCACCAUGCAGCCUUUUGAUACCAUACGGGACAGUACAGAGGUCAAACUGACCAAGGUCUUUGAUAAUGUUACUGAGGAGGAUGAGUCCAGUCCCUUACACGUACCCAAGUCUCCUGUAUCCGGCAUUAAGGAGGAUGGACAUGAUCUCGGUAUCCAUAUGGAGAAUUCAGAGAAACCAGUUGGCACCAGCACUGCUGUAAGUGAUGCCAAAAGUCAGGGCCGUGUUGUGUCCGAAAGAGACUCAGCUAAUCAUAGUCCGAUUUCUGGUGUAUUGGAAGGCAGCGUUACUGAUGAAGCCAGAAGCGAAGGUAGCACUGAUAGUGGAAAAGGUGGAAGUAUCAAAGGACACAAUAACACGGACAGAAACCCGUCCAUUUAUGAAUUCAUCGUUCCUCAAGCUCUUGUCGGAAGGCUGAUUGGCCGUCACGGAAGCUUCCUUCAAAAUAUCCGCACAAAGGCUGAAGUGAAUCUUGUUAUCAAGCGCCAUCCCACCGCGCGAGAACUCAAAAUCUGUGCCAUCGAAGGUUCCACCGAUGGAAUCAAUCUGGCCUUAGACAUUAUAAAACAAAAAUUCCCUGAGAAGAAAUUCCCAAAUUUGAAUCUGGAACAGGUCUCAUUCCUACAAGUUCCGGAACAGGUUCCUUGGGCAUCCGAACUGAUGCAAUUGUCCUUGGUCGAGGGUGUCAAUAAUGACGUACUCGUCUGCAACAUUUUGAAACCCAAUCACCUCUUUAUUCACCUUCCCACACAUCCUACUUAUCCCUCGUUGAGAAUCUUAGAUGAAAACAUGACUCAACUUUACAACACGGUGGAAUCACCACCUGUACCAGAUGAGUUGAGAAGGGGCAUGAUUCUUGUAGCCAAAUGGUAUAGCAGAUGGGUAAGGAUAUACAUUGAGAAUCCAGACCCAACAGGCGACCAACAUUUGGUACGUCUUGUAGACCAUGGUGGCUUUUGGACCUUCAGUAGAGCCGAUAUGAGAAAAAUACGGUCAGACUAUCUAACCCUACCUUUCCAAGCUAUAGAGGUGCUCCUAGCCCAUAUCCAACCGAAAAACGGGGAAUGGACACAAGAGGCGUAUGAUCUAGUAGCUCAUAUUUGUUCUGGCAUCGUUGGUCAGGCGCAGAUCGAGGGCUACGUUGACACUAUUACGUAUAUUAGCUUAUACUUUAAUAUCCAAAAAUAUGGGGUUAUAUCCCUCGCGGAAGAAUUAGUAGCCCGUGGAUACGCGGAGCCGAUAACGCUGGAGGAUGUAGUCGUCGAAGAAGAGUUAACGGUCUCCUAAUCUCACUUAUAUAAGAAUUAGGUUUCGCGAUAACGUAUAUAAUAGAAUAGGAGUAAAAGAAAAUGCGUGAUUAUGAUGACAGUGUAUAAACGCGUGAUCAUUGAGUCAGUUAGAGUCACAUGAUGGAUGUGUUGCGUGUGGAUAUGAAUUCAUUUUCUAUCGAACAUCUCAUUGGGACAAUCUCGUUUCUUGUAUUUUCGUAAUUUUAUACUUUCGUAGCUUGUUGAACAAAUAAUCAGUCACGGUCAUUCUUCGUGCAAUAGUCUAUUUGACCAAUAUUGUGAAGACUUUCUAACAUUGUCGAUACCUCACGAAACUUUACAUAUUCCCAUUAAGAAUGAAAUAGUCGUUUUGAAUAUUGUAUAUAAGUAGCAAACAGUUUUGAGCUCUAAAAGUUUUUUAAUCACGUUUUUGCGUGAAAGUAAGAAGUAAAUAUCUUUUAAUGGCAAAUUUCGAUCAUGACGGCUUUGCAUACGCAUGACCGAUAUAUUAACGAGUCCUGUUCCCUGAAUCUGUACCGUUAGAGGAAUCUAUUCCAUCGAUGCAUCCAUAUCGAUCCUAAUUCUCGUAAUCGUUGUUGAACUUUCUAUAUUCAUUUGUACUCAGUGUAGCCAUGUUUGUUCAGGGCUGCGUCCAGAAACCUCUCUGGAGUCGACUCUGGUAUCGUUCCGUCCUCUUCAUAAUAACGAUAAUAAAAAGAGACUCAACGUGCCCGAGUUACCCUGAGUAAGAUUUCUGAACGCACCCCAAAUCUGCACGCAGCAGUUCUGCUCUUCGUGCAUGACCAAUUGAGGUCAUGCAUGAGUGCAAUUUUAAGAAACGAAUAAGUUUAUAUAGAAAUAUGUCAAAACCGGGGUUGAUUUUGAAUGGCGUAGUUUUUUUUUCUAACGCUGUGCACCUUGGUUUUUUUAAUGUCGGAAUAUCGAAAACAAGUGUAUAAGCGAAUCGACAUGUUACAUGGCUGAAGCAUUUAAUUACAAGCUUACUAUCCCGAUAGGAUAGUUGAAACUGUAAUUUUUGCUCUAUCAUCAGCAGAAGGGAAACCGAAUAUUUUAUGUAAUAUCAGGGCAGUAGGCUUGCUCACAGGCAAUGAACGUGAUGGUUGAUUUUUCAAAAUGAGUAAUUCGAAAAAAAAAAAGUAGAAAUGAAUACAUUGAUAAUACGGAACGUUUCAUCGACGCUUCAUUACGAGAAAGAAAGAAGCACGUUUGAAUAUCGCGGGCUUCACAGGUUUCGAUAACUGCAGGCUGAUCUCUGAUCAUACACCUCUUCCUGUACAUAGUGUAACAUUAUAUCUCCGACUAUAAAAUAUUUAUGAUGUACCUUUAGCGAUAGCAAUUAUAGUGGAAUAUGAUGCUAGCCAAUACUAGCCGUUGAUAAUAUGACAAGAUAAGUGUAGUUUAUUUAUAUGUUUUACAGUUGUCGAAAUGGGAGUAUGGUUUCUGUAUCGAUAGGUUAGUACGAAUCGGGAAAUUCGAAUUGACUUCUCAAUGCAUAAAAAGAAAACCGAUAUAUUUUUGGGUGUUUUUUGUUAUUUUUUUUUUCGUUUUUUUUUUUUCUUUUUAAGUAAGAUUUGAACUGAUAAUUAUGACGCAACGCAUAAACGGCAAAGAAGGUUGCGACGUAUGAAUUUCUCACGUAUUGCCAAGUCUAGAGGAUCUUCUAUCAGUAGAAGUUGGAGAUAAAUAAGUAACAACUAUUCCAUUGCUCCUAUUUCGCAUUGACAAUUUUUCAUUGGCCACAAAGAAAAAAGAGAAAAAGCUGGGGUUCAUCAUCAAUGGCCUUAGAGUCAUUUGGGAUGAAAAGAAAAAAUAUAUAUAUAUGCACUAUACAUAUAUAUAUUUAAAAAUGAGAAAUUCAUGAAACAUGUAAAUCGCCUUCUGUCUUUUGAGCAUUACAGUGAAAAAAAAGUAAUCAUUUUUCCGUUAUGCAAUUCUAAUCCCAAGGGUUUAUCGUUAAUUUAAUAUUAAUUAGAUUCUGCAUAUACAUGAUUAUAAAAGAAUGUUUCGAUACGUGCUACUAUUUUCGUGAUCCCGGGUUUACCUAGUUUAGCUUUAUUAAUAGAUAACGAAGUAAUACUAUAUACAUGCUAUUAAUGCGUUCGAGCGUCCAUUGAUAAUUUACGAUUAUAAAUUUGUCUAAUUGUAAUUUUCGUCCUCAAUCUUUUCCUGGGAUUUCAAAGGAAUACGAACACCGCGUUUCGUUCGAUCCUUAUAAUUCGUACCAAUUAAUUGUGAUUUAGAAAAAUUUUCUUUUUUUUCUUCAAUAUCAAUUUCACGAAACUUCAUUUUCUUUCUCGCGUGCGAGCAUUAGAGGCGAUCGUCGAAGUGGACGUUUCGCUGAAUAUAAUACAGUUAUGAGAAUUAUUAUACCGAUAAAAUUAAUUGGAGAAAAAAAGAAGGGAAAAUUAUAUAUCCAAAAAAAAAACGCCCUUCAUACAUUUUGUACUCUGCCAACGCCUCGCGCGAAGACUUUUGUAGCUGUUAAAAGAAAAAAAAGAAACAUGUUAAUACUUGAUACUUAAUAUUGUUGAUAUGUACACAUAUGAUAGACAUAUUUUUCUAGCAAUACUCUUAAGAUACAGUGAUGAAGCGCUCAUGAUACUGUAUAAGUCUUUUAUGUCAUUAUCAACGAGAGGUUAGUAAUUUAUUGUAACGUUUUGUAAUAUUGCAACGAGUAUGUUAUGAAGGAGGAGGCUAUCCGUUUAUUUCUCUUUUUUUUUUUUGUAUUAAAUAAUACAAGUAACUUCGUUAAAGGUCAGAUUUCGUCGAGAGAGUGCGAGAAAGCAGAAAAUCAGGCGGGUUGAGCUUUUCGGCUCUUGUGAGAUUUCUUUAAAAAACAAAAAAAAAAGAAAAUGUACUAAGUAGCUUUACGCAAGACAGUUUAACGAAAGAGAAAUAGGAAGGUUAAUGAGAAUAGAUAAUUUUCGUAUUUUUUACAUUUAAUAUAAUAUAUUCAUUUACUUGUAGUCCCCAGCUAAAAUCAGUGUAUCGUUAUUCUUUUUCGCUUAUCAUUAUUACAGGAGAAAUAGAUCACUUUAUAUAUAUGUGUGUAUAUAUAUAUACACACAUAUAAUCAUUUCAAUGUAAUAUCUCUUCCGUUCUCAUUAAAUUUGCACCAUUUUAAUUGAAUUUAGUGGUUAUUCUUAUCGUUACAGGUAUAUGCACUCAAAAUUUACUAUUGCUGUUACCUUUCUUUCCCCCAUACAUCCUGACAAUUGAAAUUGUCCAUAGAUUUAAAAUUUAUACACUUAAUCCCUCUACCACCUGUUUCCCUAAAUUGAUACGUAUAAUAAUUUGCUAUCUCGUAACAGUAACGGCAUUUCGGCGAAUCGAAUGGUAUCGAAUAAUGCGAAUUCUCUCCGGACUGAAGUUACAGAAAGUAUUUACUAUUAAUGUUUCCAUCGGCGCCUAAUCAUAGAUUAUAGGUUCGCAGUGUCGAUUUUUUAAUAACAGGUGUAUUCAGUCACACGUGUGACCACGAAUAAUUGUAAUCGCGCUACGAUAGGACAUUAACAUAAGUACAAAUGUAAUGGAAAUAAGUUAAUUAACAAUAAAGCCACUAGACGUUGAGGAUA